GACCGCUGCCGCCGCCGCCGGGGUGCGUGUGAAGGAGCUGCGGCAGAACCUCACGCAACAGGAAGAGAUGUUUCAGGCACAGCAAAGCCAAUUGGCCCAGAAACAGCGGCAGAUCGCGGAGCUCCAAAGGGCAGUCAGCACUUUGCAGGCACAGGCCAAGGAAGAAGUGGCUGCAGAUCAUGGCCUGGAGCUCAAGUACCAGCAGCAAGCAGAGGAGUACCAAAAGGAUGUGGAACAGCUGGAAACCGCGCUGCGCGGUGCCAAGGAGCAGCUGGCGGAUCUGCGACAGAUGCAGCGCAGGGACCAGGAGGAACUGACUGAAGGAAAGCAGCGGUUGCAAAAAAAUGAGAACCAUGUGCAGCUGCAGCAGCAAGAGCGACGAGACGAGGAGUACCACGCAGAUGCCAUGCAGCGACAGGUGCUCCAACUGAAGGAUGACAUCGACACCUCACUGGUCCAGGCAGGUGCAGCCACUGUGGCCUCGUCCGGCCACGAGGUUAGGCUGACGGAGGUGGUGCGGGUGGCCGUGCGGAAACGACAGGAGAUCCAAGAGUUGCAGGCCAACGUCAGUGGUUUGGAGGCGCAGGUGCAGCAAGAGAGCAUGCAAUUGGAUCAGUUGAGGUCCAAGGAAACCUUUGACACUCAGAAGGUGAAGGAAGAAAUCCAACAGGUUCGGCAGAAGAAGCUCUACAGGCUGCGCGCGGCGCAAGAUAUGUACCACAAGCUGCCGGAGCUCUUCCAGCAGCGUGCGAAGGUGGACGAGGAGCGCCGCAAGAACGAGGCCUUUGAGGCGUCACAAAGUCGCACGCAGCAGCAGAAGCUCAGGGAAGAGAAGCUGAAAGAAAGUGAAAAACAGGAGGAUGAGGAGCUGCGCACGGAGUUGCACUCCUCGAAGCAGCGCCUGCAGAGUAUCAAUCCGCGGGCGGAUGGGAAGAAAUCUGUAGCGAAGAAGCGGGUGCAGCAGCUGCGGGCCAAAGUGGCCGACACCAAGCGAGAUGAGGCCAAAGAACAGAAGAAAUUCAUGGAGCGGUCCACAGCCUUGCAACAGGAGAUCCGCCAAGAGGAAAGCACGGGACGCAGGAAGAGCAGUGAAAAGGCUAGAGCAGUGGAGAAGAUGCAGGGCGAAUUGCUGGCCUUGGAGGACAAGAUCGACAGCUUGGGACGGCAGCAGAACCAGUUGGCGGCGGAAGCCGCACAGCUGCAGAGUAGCUUCUCGUUGAAGCAAAUGCAGGACCAACAGGAGCUUCACCAUGCGAAGACAGAGGCGGAGCGCGUGACGAAUCAGCAGUCGGAAGUGGAGAAAGAGCAACGGCGCCAGGCCCACGAGGCCUCGCUGCAGUGGAAGAGCCGGCUGCAGCAGGAGCAGCUCACGCAGCAGACACAGCUGGCGUCGCUGAAGCAUCGCAUGGAGAAGGUGGAGGCGUUACGCCUUCGCGACGCCACAGAGCUGCAAGGUCUCCAGGCGCUCAGCGGCACGGUGACAGCGAAGCACCGCAGCGCUGCGAAGCUCACGCGGUUCCUGGAGAGAGAGCCCCGAUUGGCAAGUGCCGUGAAGCAUACAUUGAAGAUGGAUGCAGAACUGGCAUAAGCAGAUUCACUGCGAGAUGACAAA